GCCAUGUCACAUGCAGAGGUUGACAUGGCUGGACUGGGCUUUCCAAACCUAUCUGCAGGUUUGGACGAUGAUUCUUGUCUAUCUCCUCGGGUGCCACCAAUGCUACGGAGGCACUCGUUGAAUUCAAGAAGAAACUCUUACAUGCUUCAUAAAAUAAACAUGGAGCUCGAACCUCAACUUUACGAUAGACCACUCUCUAAGACACUGUCUUGGUCUGCGGAAAACAUUUUAUUUGAGACCUCCACGGAAGAGCAAAAGAUGGACUCCCCGCUGCCUGCAUCUCCCGUCUAUAGCCCGGGCACCAGUACCAGUACACCACUGCCUGAUAGCCAAAAUUCAGACCCGAUUCCAACUUUAGAUAACUGGGACGAGAGAGUGCCAAGUAGCUCGGAUUCCGACGACGAUAUUACCAACAGCAAACACCAGAAAGUGAUUUUGUCACGCGCGCCCUUUGAGAACAAGUGGGAACAAGAGGAGAAAGAAGAGAUUGAGACCAAAGCGGUUGCCACCUCACCUGACGGCAGGUACCUGAAAUUCAACAUCGAGAUUGGAAGAGGGUCGUUCAAGACAGUCUAUAGAGGCCUCGAUACGGAAACUACAGUGGAAGUGGCGUGGUGUGAACUGCAGACACGGAAGCUGACGAAGGUGGAGAGGCAACGCUUCAGUGAGGAGGUGGAAAUGCUCAAAGGCCUGCAGCACCCAAACAUCGUGCGCUUCUAUGACUCCUGGAAGUCCACUGUGAAGGGCCACAAGUGCAUCAUCCUAGUCACUGAGCUCAUGACCUCUGGCACCCUAAAGACGUACUUGAAGAGGUUCAAAGAGAUGAAGCUGAAGCUGCUGCAGCGCUGGAGCCGCCAGAUCCUGAAGGGCCUGCACUUCCUGCACACGCGCACCCCUCCCAUCAUCCACCGCGACCUCAAGUGUGACAACAUCUUCAUCACCGGCCCCACUGGCUCUGUAAAGAUUGGGGACCUAGGCCUGGCCACCCUUAAGAGUGCCUCCUUUGCCAAGAGUGUCAUUGGGACCCCAGAGUUCAUGGCCCCGGAGAUGUAUGAGGAGAAGUACGACGAGGCGGUGGAUGUCUAUGCCUUUGGGAUGUGCAUCCUUGAGAUGACCACGUCUGAGUACCCCUACUCCGAGUGCCAAAACGCUGCUCAGAUCUACCGCAAAGUCACCAGUGGAAUGAAGCCUGACAGCUUCUUCAAAGUAAAAGUCCCUGAGCUGAAAGAGAUUAUUGAGGGAUGCAUUCGCAUGAAUAAAGACGAAAGGUACACCAUCCAGGACCUGUUGGAGCACACCUUCUUCCAGGAGCACAAUGGGGUACACGUGGAGUUGGCCGAGGAGGACGACAUGGUGAAGCCGGGCCUCAAGCUGUGGCUCCGCAUGGACGACACCAAGAAGCUGCAUGGGAAAUACAAGGACAACAAUGCCAUCGAGUUCCUGUUUGAGCUCUAUAAGGACAUUCCCGAGGAAGUGGCUCAGGAAAUGGUGGUGCUGGGCUUUGUAUGUGAGGCAGACUACAAGCUAGUGGCGAAGGCGAUCCGUGACCGGGUGGCGGCCAUCAAGCGCCAGCGUGAGAAGCAGAGACGUCAGGCAGAGGAGCUGAAGAAAAAGAAGCAGGAGGAGGUGAUCGAGGAGGAGCCAGAGGCAGAGCCUCCCUCUCCGGGGCUGCAGAGCCAGACCUCCGAGAGCUCUACCCCUGCCCAGUCACCGCCUGCUGUCACUUCCUCCUGCCCUGGCGCAUCUCCCGCUAACGGCUCGGUGGACUCCGGCAUCAACGCCAGCUUCCCAGCUGAGCCCGAGGAGCCGGAGGCAGACCAGCACCAGCACUAUCACAUCCGCCACACCAGCUGCUCCUCCGCCACAUCUGACUGCGAGACGGACGGCUAUUUGAGUUCCUCUGGCCUGCAGGACCCCAUGGAGGGGCUUUCCCCCGCAGCCAGCCAUGCCCCAUGCACCCCAGCCCUACCCACAGAGAUCCCUCCCAUUCAUGCUCCUCCAAUCCCAGCCCUCCGGUUCCCCUCGAGUAUCGCUGUAUCCCUCAAUCCUGAGCGUGGUCAUUCUGGGCCAGCCAGUGGCUUCUCCUCCCCUGUUGACAGCUAUGCCUCAGAUGUGACAUCAGGACUGAGUGAUGGGUAUGAGGGACUAUCAGAGAAGAGCGUCAAAUCUCCCACCAAACGGACUGCUGGAAAGCUGUUCAGGAGGAGGGCCCGCUCCCGUCUACGGAUCACAGGGCUCUCGGAUAAAGUGGAUAGGGUGGUGGAGUGUCAGCUGCAGACGCACAACAACAAGAUGGUGACGUUCAAGUUCGACCUAGACGGAGACAAUCCAGAAGACAUUGCCACAGUCAUGGUGCACAAUGAAUUCAUCCUGCCCUCAGAGCGGGAAGGCUUCAUCCACCGCAUGGGUGACAUUAUCAGGCGGGCUGAGGCUCUGAUGAGAAAGGAGCCCCCAGGCUUUGCUAACACGUCUGGGGGGCCCCAUCUGCCUUAUCUGAGUGGGGCCGGCACACUGUCCGCCUCCCAGCCCAAUCUGCACAGUCAUAUCCUGGCACGAACUCACUCCUCCUCAUCACUGCCUGAUUUUGACAUGGCCAGCCCUAGUCCGGUGAAGCGGGGCUCGCCCCUGGCGCCAGCCGGGGACUUCUUCUUUGACGCAGACGUUACCUCACCCAGCCGGCCUAUCUUGCGCUCUCAGUCCUUCCACAACACCUCCGGCACAGUGGGUGCACCUCCGGGGUCCCCUCACCCUUACCAUCAUCCCACCUCGCUUUACUCACAAGUCUCCACCCCUGACCCCAUGAUGCCCCUCAGUCAGCUAACCCAUCUACCACAGUACCAGACAGCCCCUUACAUGGCCGGCACCAGCUUCCCCUUCCCAUAUCCGACGUCCGCCAAGCCAGUGCUGACCCACCCGGCCCUCACUCGCAUCCCCAGUAACCCCAGCUUUUCCUCCUCCAGCCCAGUCUCCCCUGGCCACCAGGGGGAGGUGUUGAGCCCGAACAGUGAUGGUAGCCCCCUGUCCCCGCCUCCACAGCACCCCGGCAUGUGGCCGCCCCACACCCAGCCUCUCUUCUCUUUGGCCAACGUGCUCUCCAUGGCCAUGAGCAUGGCGCAGUCUUUCAUACCUGCAACCACCCUGCCAAGCCCUUUGGCACAGAGCAUUCCAGCCCUGGCCGGCUUCCACUCACCCCUGUCACCCCACAUGACCCCUCCGCACAGUUAUCCAUCUGCCUUUGCCCCCAAUUACCAAGCGGUGCCUGGGGAGUCUCCCUACCACCAGGGGGCACUGGCAGGGCAGCCAGACUUCUACAUGAAGCCUGACGGCCACUCCCUGAUGCAGGAGGGAGGAUUCAUCCUUGCACACCCAGGCCAUCCAGACGUACUGCCAUCAAACAUGCCCUCCACCAGUAUCCCAGAAUCCCACCCUGAAGCUCCCCAGCAGGAUGUCCUCUCAAGUUGCAGCCCUUCUCCCUUACCCCAGCCCAGUCCUCAGAUGUACCAUGUCCCACCUUUCACAGCUCUGUCACAGGACAGACCUGAUGACAUAAGCUCCCUCUCUGUGUCCUCCUCCUCACCCCCGGACAGCCCACAGAGCACGGUGUCAUCACCCAGCCCAAGAUCCCUGUCUCCCCCAGCAGUGUCUGAAGCCUCUGCUAAUUCUACCAAGGUCAGGCUCUCUCCCAUUUGUGAAGUUGUCACCGAACAGAAGCCUACCGUCACAGUUGGCCGAUUUCAGGUGACACCCUGCAAGGUGAGCCCACUGCCUGUCCCAUCCAGCACGGCUCGAUCCCCGCCAUCGGUCCCAGCCCUGGCCCCUCUCUUGGCUGACCCCAGCGCAUCCUCUCCAGUUGGGGAAAGUGAGACAGAGAGCAGCACGGAGGAACAGGGGGAGUCUGAGAGCAGCCUUAGCACCUCCCUCACUCUCUUCCCACCCCGCCUGCCUGAUGAGGAGAGUGAAUCUACCCAAGCCGGGGACAAAGAGCAGCAGGAGGACCCAAAGGAAGAGGAGGAAGAAGAGGAUGAAGAAGAAGAAGAAGAAGAAGAAGAAGAAGAAGAUGAGGAUGGGGGAGUGUUAGAGGGAAGGAACCAGAAGCGGGAGUGCCGCCUUACCCUGAUGGGCACAUCAGUGGACAGCGGCCUUUCGGUGACAGCGCAGGAGCCAGAGGAGAGGCUAUGGGAAGGGGGUCCAGAGAGCCCCCAGUACAGUACCCCCCUGCACCACCUGUGGAUGAGCUACACCCGCAGCUCCUCCUACAUGAGCAGCGAUGACACAGAGAGUGAGGACGAGGACAUGUGGGAGGAGCUGCAGGAGCUCCGGGAGAAGCACCUGUCGGAGGUGCAGAUGUUGCAGGCCACUCAGAAGCGGGAGAUUGAAGAGCUUUAUGAGAAGAUAGGGAAGGUGCCUCCUCCCGGCAUUGUGUCCCCAGCUGCCAUGCUGUCCUGCCGCCAGAGGCGUCUGUCCAAAGGUGGGGGCUACCCCCCCUCUCGGAGGAACAGCCUGCAGAGAGUGGACAUCUUGCCACCCGCAGGGAUCAUGAGGAAGAAUUCCUUCAGUGGCAGCAGCAGUGGGUCCCAGGACCGGCCCAGCAAAGGGGUGACGUUUGCACCUGACUACAGCAUAAUGUGAGACAUCUCUACGGAGCAUGUUUCCCUGGACUACCUCAACUGAAGCGUGACUGCCGCAGCCUUCCUUGCCCUGCCUGGGGAAGUGACAUCGCUGGGAGCCCCUCCCUCCCAUGCCCCACAGUGCAGAGGGCAGCAUACUUCCCCUCAGACAAUAAGGGCACCCCCUCUUCUGGACAAACGGCUGUGGGCCAAGGGAGUUGCCACCCUGUUGGGCUCCCAGGGGACUGCAGGGGCUUCCUCUUGGCUGCUGUGUGACUCUCAAAUGCACAGCUGACCUAUCACAGCACAGAUAUUAAGCUCCAUUAUGGAGAGUAAAAAGACUUAAAAUGUUUUCCAUCUGAUGCUUGUUUGUGUGAAUAUAAUAUUUGUCACCUUUUAGAUGGCAUUUGGUAGUCCCUCCUGAACAUUUCU